AUGCAGCUCUUGUUUCUGGUGGCUCUUUGGCUUCAGAUCUUGACCCCGGCGUGGGGAUACGGAACAGGGGCACCGAUCACGGUUUGUGAAAGCAUGUUACCCAGCCAUGGGGUCACGGCACAGUCGACCCCGUCUCCGUUCACCAUCGUUCCCAACAACACCACAUUCCGCAACGGCCAGUCCAUCACAGUGCUUAUUAACGGCUCGGAUUACGCCGGCGUGCUCCUGCAGGCUCGAUCCGGCUCCAGCACCAGCACCAGCGCUCUGGGAACCUGGGGGACUGCGCCAACAAACACCCAAAUCUUAACGUGCUCGGGAAAUAACAAGGGCGCCAUCACACACUCCAACGAAAACACAAAGAACAACCUGACUGUGUUCACGUGGACCCCGCCGACAUCCGGCAACUCCGUGUUUUUUGUGGCCACGGUGGCCAAAAGUAAAGCUGUUUACUGGGUGAACGUCCAAUCAACAAUGCUGACCAGAGCCCCGGGUGACACGGUGACCCCCGGCUCAGCAGCCGAUCCGAAGCUGACCGUGGCGGCCGUCCUCCUGCUUCUCCCGGUCCUGCUGAUGUCUGGGAUUCAGCUCUAAACACCUCCAUCGUACCUUCAUCCAC